AUGUCAGAAUAUGGGGGCCUAGAUUUUCGGGAUCCUCAACCGCUGGAUGUGCGCAUCCCCAAGUGCCGGCGCGCCGAGGCGUCUGAACAAGGCCUCUUGAAGAUCGUCGGGAAUGAACCUGCCCUGAGAAUACAGCGCACUGGCCGGCCAUCCCUCACCAAGUCCAACAGGCAUUUUCCGGUCUCGACUCCCGUGGAUACGAUCGAAGCCACCUGUGUCGGCUGGCCCACGAAGAGCCGAAACGCGGCCGGGCAACGAGAUGCUGCCGUCGAGUUUGGUGGCAUCAUGACUACCAUGGCUAUCGCAAGGGUGCGUCGUGCGGAGGGGGGGACCAAAGGGAACGAAGUCGAAGACCUCGUCGCAAAGCCGGAAGACUCGCUCAGUCAUUUGGUGCCAUUGGACAGUAUCCUGGCCAUGUGGAAGCCGACGGUGGACUCCUCAUCACCGAGCAUCCACAGGUUCCGUACCGUAAUUGGUAUCGACGGAUCGGAUAGCGUGCAGCAGUCCACAACGACUCUUGCAAUGCUGCACGCCACUCCGCCGACUGACACGCUACCUUCGCGCACCCAGAUACUGUGGAACACAUUAGCCGACCUCGGAUCCCUGCAAGGAACCGACGAUUUGUGCAUGGGAACGCCGAGGUCUGGGACGAGUGGCGAAUACCCGCACGCCGAUGGCCGUUUGCGUACUGUGCCACACACCGUGACUACGUACGGUGGACCAGAUCGCUGUCUCCAGAAUACAAAUGCAUCAUCUCGUCUACAGGUCCAGCACGGUGUGAUUGGGCCGGAAUCCUGGAAUCCUCAUGUGCUGGAUGAAUCUGGUCUCAGGCUCCCCCGCGCCAUUUUCCAGCAGCCAGCGCUCGAGCCUUGA